AUGAAAUGAAUUAUGUAUAAAUCUGGACAACGCGAUGCAAUCAUUCGUAUUGAAGAAUGGCGUAAAGCCGUUGUACAGUAUUUACGAUGUCUGAUAACAAUGGAAGUGCACAAGCAGAGAAUGUGGACUGGUCUCGCUUCGGUUUGGCAGACAACGUUGAACACUCGAUGCUGUACGUUAAUCGUACGACGAAGAACGAAAACGGCAACGAACAAAAUCAUACAAAACACGUCCGAGAGAUAUUCGAUGAAGAGGGUGAUUUGAGUGAACAGAAACCAUGGUGGAAAGCAAACUUUUUCGUGACGGAACCUGUACUUUUUGGAACAUGGGAUGGUGUGUUCACGUCUUGUAUGUUGAAUAUUUUUGGUGUUGUUAUAUUUCUUCGCACUGGAUGGACAGUGGGUAAUGCUGGCAUUGCAUUGACAAUGUUCAUUGUCUUUCUGACUUUAUUGAUUUCAUUGGUGCCUGUGUUAUCUUCUAUUGGGAUUAUUGAUCAUAUUGAUCAUAUUGAAAGUGGAGGAAUCUACUUUGUUCUUACACACAUUCUUGGUGCGAGAAUUGGGGCGACUGUUGCCAUACUCUAUUGUUUUGGCCAGGCUGCCAGUAUAUCCCUCUUUUCAUCUGGUUUUGGCGAAUCCUUGGCUCAGACGACCCACUGGGAUAACCACUGGGCUGCAAGGACCAUAGCUCUUAUUGCGACUCUCGUGAUACUUACAAUUAUUUUAACUGGGGUGAAAUGGGUUGUGAAACUACAACUCUUGCUUCUUGCCGUGCUGGCAAUUUCUGUGUUGGAUUUUGUCAUUGGUACUUUUGCUCAUACUGAUAUAGCCAAUGGUUUUACUGGUUAUAAAGAAGGCAACAUGAUGAAUAAUAUAAAUCCAAAGUUCUCCGCUGAUCAAACGUUUUUCAGCAUUUUUGGCGUUUUUUUCUCGACGGCCACCGGCAUAAUGGCUGGAAUUAACAUGAGCGGUGACUUGAAGAAUCCUGGGGAAAAUAUUCCCACCGGAACAUUAGCUGCUCUUGGUGUCAGCGGUAUUCUAUAUAUGUUGUUUGCGUUACUUCUGGGUGCCGUGUGUACACGAGAGGCUUUGCUCAAUGAUUACAUGAUCGCAUCAAAGGUUGCUUUUGUUGGUGUUUUAUUUCUCUUUGGUCUUUACAUUUCUUCUCUAUCUUCUUGUCUUGGGGCACAGUACGCAGCACCAAGGAUUAUACAGUGUAUUGGAAGAGAUAAUGUCAUUCCUCUCAUCAAAGCUCUUGGAAAAGGGCGUGGUGCAAACCAGGAACCAUAUGUUGCCUCUCUGUUUGUGGGUUUCAUCGCCAUCAUUCUAAUUUUAAUUGGCAAUGUAAACUCUCUCGCACCAGUCGUUACCAUGCCCUUUCUCAUGACAUACGCAGCUGUCAACUAUGCCUACUUCAAACUUAUUAUGUGUAAAGAGCUGCAUAAACGACGAAAACUCUUGGAAGAAGGUCUUCUUAUUGAAAAUUCAUCCAAGAAGGACAAGACGGAAGAAUCGCAUUUAGUUUCAAAGACUGACAUGACGGAUGGUAAGAAUGCAAAAGAUUAUGGAACGAGUGGUGAUAAUGCUUUGUUGGAUGGUACAGAAAAAUGUGACAUUUAUGACAAUGAGAUUCUUGAUAGGAAGAGUACUCUAGAGGAAAAUAAGGGGAUUUAUGCUAGAUACAAAGGAACAAAUGUUGAUAAUGUGGGAACAAACUUAGGUUAUUUAGAUAAAGAUAAGGAUAAUUUAAAGGACAAUAAUCUAGGCUUUGUCAGACAUAACAACAGUCAGAAAAUUGCUGAUGAUGAUAGGAAUCAUCAAGAACAUAAAAACGAGGGAGAAAUGUAUACAGAUGAUAAUUAUUGCGAGCUUCAUGAUAAAGAAGAAACAGAGUUGUACAGCAAAGUUUCUGUUGCUGAGGAGAAAAAUGGUGGUAAUGUUAAACGUAAAUUAUGUUAUCCCAAAUCUCAUUUUACCGUUGAAAUUGAACAAAAAAGAAUUACAGAUUAUUCUCAACUUGCAAAUAGAUGGAUCUCGCUGGCGGGAGCUGUAGCAAGCGUUUUAAUAAUGUUUUUAAUCCAUUGGGGUUAUGCUUUGGCUAAUAUUUCUGCUGCAUUAAUUAUUUAUAUAUAUAUCGGUCAGACUAAUCCUGGUGUUACUAAAGGUAUAGCGUAUGAUUUCAACUUCGCAAAAUGGUUGCAGUCUUUAUGGGACAGGUUGACAAGACGAUCACCCAAUCAGCAUCAAAUCGUGAAGUUUGAUGCUCAAAUUCCUUAUGACAUUGAGUUGUAUCAGGUGACAGAAGAGAAUUCCGAUUUUUCCAACAGGGAGAGACGGCAUCAUUCGUCUAUUGUCAAGGUCAUCGUACCGUAAAGUGUGAGUUAAGUUCGACCAACUUAAUUCACACCUACUUGUUUAAUACGAGAAAUAUUAUUACAGGCAAAAAAAUUAGUGUGAGCAAUAAAAUGAAGCUUCACCUUA